GUCCUCCUGGUGCCUGGCCUGACGCAGGUUCUCUUCAGCUUCAACAUCGUCGUCAAUGUCCUCGGUCACCGAAUAGAUGUGCAGCCGGAGAAAGGCCAUGCUGCUUGCACAGAAACCGUCACUGGGCUGGUGCAUCUGCUGGAGAAGACAGGAUCCAGGACAGGAGCAGUCCUCAUUGUCCUCUAUGCAGUCGUGGUGCCGGUGGUCAAGCUGCUUUUGUUGGCCAUCGGGGAGGUCUUCAGGUUCUCGUCUUCAGAAUUUCUGGUCCUGGUCGCCAGGCUUUGCAUCCACAUCGUGCAGAGCAUCUCAAAAUGGGCCUGUCCGGACAUGUUUGCCUACAUCCUGCUGGUUCACUUGGUGCGGCUGCUUCACAGCGACCCAUUGGUCUUAACGGCAGCCAAGCUCGAUGUGGGCUUCUCUUGCUUCAGCGUUUUCUGUGUUUGCUCGACAGUUUCGUCUUUGGGCAUCAGCUUGCCGCUGCUUCCGACGAAGACGGCAGUCACCGGGAAGCCCCUCUGUAGUGCCAAAGCAGUACAACUUCUGGCGGGAGUGAUCGCGGCUGUCUUCGCAAUCUUCUUCAUCGCCGGCCUUUCGAUUCCUUGCAUGUCUUUGAGGAUCGAUGAGAGACAACUCUACCCCCCGAAUGGCUCCGUGCCGUACUCUGCCAAGCCCCUUGUGGAGUCCCUGGCCAUCCCGGACCUCCUGAAGUCCGACAUCAGCAUCCUCUCCUGCACCCGCUGGCUGAUACAAGAGAUCGGCAGCGGCGAGGCCAACAGUCUCUUUGCCUUGGUGAUGUUCGGAUUCUGCGUUAUAGCACUGCCGCUGGCAGAUGUCCUUUUCCUUCUGCUUGCUGCCAGCCGCCUGGAACCGACAGGGGCAGGCAAAGGCCUACCUCCGUCUGACCAGCCAUGUUGGUUCUACUCCUGGGCGAAGGUGCUACGGAAGCUGGCGAUGCUGGACGUGUCCAUCAUGGGUGUCUAUGUCAUCACUUUCUGCAUGGGCAUCUACAAGAAGCAGGGCAUCGUGCUGUCAACACACAACGGCGUCUUGCUGCUCAUUGUGGCAGAAGUGGCUCACACUCUGCUGUACUGGCUUGUCUCCGGUGCCGCAGAGCAUGCGGAAGCCUCGGCGCGCGAGGAGCUGAUCGCCUACCGUGCAGCGGCACAGGAAGCAGGCGAUCCCGAUGCAGAUGGGCCUCAGGGGCUCAGCUGCUGUGGCCUCUCCAAGUUUCUCAAGCUGCCCGUGGCAAUGGGUCCAGCGAAAGCUCGCUCUGAGAUAACACCAUUAAUGUGA